CCGGGGAUGUGUUUCCGGUCUCUUGCAUAGUUUUGUUGUUUUCACAGACCAUAUGCCAAAGCUAGAAACAGCUUAUGACGAUUUUUAGCUAAGCCCCCUGAAGAAUACUGCGGCGGUUGACCUGUUUGCAGUCAUGUCGGCUAGGAGUAACGGUGUGGAGUGGGUUGAGACAACAGAAGAGGUUGUGAUAACAGAGGAGUGCCUUUCCCCUGUAAACAGCACAUCUACAGUGAUACCAGUCUUACAGCCAGCAGAAACACCAAUUCAGAGGUUACUGGAAACUGUGGGACAGGGAGAUAAUCCAGAGGCUGAUGAUGGAUUCUAUUGCAAGGAGUGUCUGCCUCUCUUCCAAGACCAGAGCGAUCCUGCCAACAUCAGUGGUCCAUCUUUCAUCCUCGACUUUCCAACAAGCAUGGGCAUCCCUCAGAGGGCCCUGCUCACUAUUCCCUAUGGCCUUAUGAUUGGCAGAUCCAGUAUUCCCGGGGCAGGCGUUGGGGUUAUAAAUCACGGACCGACCGUGUCUCCGGGAAUGCAUUUCGGACCUUAUGAGGGAGAAGUGACAACAAGGGAAAAUGCAGUAGAGAGUGGCUUCUCCUGGGAGAUUUACAAAGGGAAAGAUGAGUACGAGUAUAUAGAUGCUGCCAGAGAUUCACACUCAAACUGGAUGAGAUAUGUGAACUGUGCUCGCAACAAAGAUGAGACAAACCUUCUGGCAGUUCAAUACAAAGGCAGCAUCCUGUUUCACUGUUGUCGUAUGAUUCACCCUGGAGAUGAGCUCAUGGUGUGGCCUAGCAGCAAACUCCUCGACCAUUUCAGUGAAGUCUGGAUGCAGGUGUGGCUGAUGAGGCUGAAUGCGACAGAAAAUCUUUCUGCAGCAACACAUCAGGUCUUCUUGUGCUCUGGCUGUCAGCUCUCCUUUACCACUGAGGCUUUCCUCCAGCGACACACACAACACUUCCACUUACAACCUAAAGAGAACUCUACCGCAGCUGAGGCAGAGGAAACAGAAAAUCCUGCUUCAAAUGCCGACUGUGAAUCAUUGGUGGUUUUAUCUGUUGAUCCCGUUGAUGCCACCGAUUCCCACACAUGUGGGGACUGCGGAAAAGUUUUCAAGCAAAUUCCUCACCUCAGGAGGCACAAACUCUGCGUCCACUCCAACAAGCGUCCGUACUGUUGCCCGCAGUGCAGGCGGAGUUUCAGCCAGGCGUCUGGCUUAAUCAGACACCAGCUAGUUCACAGGAAACAGUCUCUUAUAAAAGAGACGGACACUGUGCAUGAUCAGAAUGAGAAAGAAGAAAGUGCAACACAGAAGUCGGAGCUUUUAAAUGCUGCAGAUCCAACUGAGAAGGCAAAAGAAACAGACACAAGUGAAGAUCCACAAGAGGCUGUGGAUGUGAAUGAAACUGAAAAUCCUUCGGCAAAAGAGGCAGAUACGUCCCAAACAAACUGCUUUGACUGUGGGAAAAGCUUUGCAAGUGAGGGCUACCUCAGAAAGCAUAGACUGACUGUGCAUAAAGGGAUACGCCCAUAUGUCUGCACUGUGUGUCAGAAGUGUUUUGGGCAGUAUAGUGACCUGAAAAGACAUCUUCGUCAUCAUCAAGGGCAAAACAAAAAACGCAAGAGAACAUAUCAGGCUCCAGAAGGAUCUAACUUAACCCCCUUUGGGUGCACUGAGUGUUCCCUGGCGUUUGCCUCAGAGGAGAUGCUCCAGCAACAUAAAAAUGAAAAUCACUCAGAAGAGACGACAAUGGCAGAUGAUCAGAGCCGUGAUCCAGACUUUAGUCCACCGAAAUCAUUAGCUGACACAGUCAAAUCUGUCCAAACGCUUCCAACUCAGAGGCCUCAGAGACUAGGAGCUAGAUCUAAAGUUUCAGCUAUAACAAAGCUCAUAGCUCCAAAACGAAGGGGAGCCACAUCUAAGAAGCCAAUAACCAGCCCUGCUCAGACUGAAAAUAGCUCACCUGAACCAGAGGAGCCUCCUGCAAAAAAUGGGAAGUUUAAAAAGUACAAAUGGUUCAGCUGUAAUCGCUGCAAACGAACAUAUGGAAAUCAAGAGGAUCUUAAAGCUCAUAAAUGUGCUUGGAGGCAGCAUAAGUGUGGUCAAUGUGGAGCGACCUUUAUUAAGUCUGGCUUCCUUAAGAGACACGAGCAGACAGCGCAUGUGGAUAAUAAAUCUUACAACUGUGAGCGCUGCGGGAAAGUCUUCACAAACUCUGCUAACCUGAAACAGCAUCAGAAGAGCAACAGGUGUAAGAAAUAUCACUGCACGUCUGAGCUUUUCUCCUGCUCGUUCUGUCAGUUUUCUUUCACUAUGAAGAGUUACCUCAUCAAACACAUCAAGAGGCAUCACCCUAUGGAGUUUGUGUCGCUCCAAGAUUCAGACAUGCUCAUGGAGGAGGAAGAGCAGGAUAAAGAGAGUGUCUGUCCUCAUUGUGGGGAGAGCUUUGCCAAUGGAAAAGCUUUGAAAUCUCACGGUUGCUUCCAGCAGGUAAAAGUGCUCUAUCUGUGCACCGACUGCGGUAAGGGCUUCACGAACAACUACGGGCUCAAGCAGCAUCAGCGCGUCCACACAGGCGAGAAGCCGUACAGCUGCCCGCACUGCAGCAAGAGCUUCUCCUACACAGGGCAGCUCAACGUGCACCUCAGGACUCACACGGGAGAGAAGCCGUACCUGUGCACACACUGCGGGGAGAGCUUCAGGCAGUCCGGAGACCUGAAGAGACACGAGAGGAAGCACACAGGUGUGAGGCCCUACAGCUGCCCCGAGUGCUGUAAGAGCUUCAGCCGCCCGCAGAGUCUCAAAGCUCAUCAGAUGCUCCAUCUGGGACAGAGGAUGUUUAAAUGUACACAGUGUGGAAAGAGCUUCUCAAGGAACUAUCACCUCAGGAGACACCAUCAGAAGAUGCACCCGUAGAGAUGCUUUUGUGUGCAAGAGCUUUAUCUGCUUACAGUAUUAAGUAAUCAUUGCACUAAACGGCCAAAUACUUCAAAAUUGUUAUCUUUAAGAGCUGCAGAGUAUAUGUGAAUGCCCUGCACAUAACACUAUUUAAAGUUAUUUUGCCUGAAGCUCAUUUCAAACCUAAGAAAUUAUUUUUUCUUUAAGAAUGUUUUUGUGAAUUGAAUAAGGUAAAUAUAAAUACAUUUUUGUAAUUCAGUCUAUUUACUGCAAGGAAUAAAAAUACUUGGCUAAAUAACUUGGCUAAAGAGCUCUAAAAUAGUUUGACAUCAUGAUUUCAAUGCAGGGAUGAACAGAUGCACCCACUUCGUAGCCGAGUUGCUGUUGUUCCUGAACGCUUCCAAUUUCAAAUAAUGUCACAGUUGACUGUGAAAUAUCCAGGAGGGAUGGAAUUUCACAAACUGUAUUAUGUCGAAGCUUGAAGUCACUGAGCUCUUCAGGAUGACCCAUUUGUAUUGCAAAAAGAGACUGCAUGGCUUGGUGGUUGAUUUUCACACCUGUGGCAACAACUCUGACCUGAAUACAAGAAGUUAUCAGGGCUGGCCAAAUACUUCUGUCCAUGUGGCAUAUCCCUUCAUCUCUGCGGCCGAUCAGAGGGUGGCCGAGCUCUUUCCAGUGGUUUGCAAACAAGUGCCGAGAAAAAAAAUUGGGGCAAAAUCUAUGGAAGCCCUAAGUGGACACACAUCCAUACCUUUUACUUUACUUACUUUUCCUGUGAUAACAAAUACAUUUCAGUCUCCAAUAUCAUUUCUCUAAUUCCACAUAUUUAUCUAAUUUUCUUGGGAUAGCAAAGCUGUUUCUUCCAACAUAACAAGGUAAUUCCUCACAAAUUUACUAAAAUUGCAUGUUGUCCAGGGAAAAGGGAGUGAAAAUAAAAUGUAUGCAUGCAUUCCUUUUUUUCACGUUUUAACAUGUUUGAGUUGUCCUGUCUCUUUGUUCAGUCAUGUUCUGUUCCGUUUAAGGUCCAAACCGCUACAUAUUUAUAAAUAAAUUGUCGCAGUUGA